UUCUGUUCCUGUCUAGAUGGAUUUACAAUCGUCUCUGGACUCAUGGCCGACCUACGAGAUCGAGCCUGUCUCGAGCUGUUUGCGUCAUCUAUAUGUCCAGGCCCUCUCUAUCGCUGUCGACUGCCUGAACUGCGGGGACCUGCUCGGCUCCCUGGACGGCAUUAGCAUCCUGGAACGGGCCGAGAUAUGGGUCGUAGAUUAUUACGGCGAUACCAGGUUCUGUCUUGGCAACAAGCGCUCCGAAAUCGUUGGGCUCUAUCCUGACCUCUUGAACACCAAUGUUGAUCCCCACAUCCGCCUUCGCCAGCGUCAGUGCCAAGCCGCCAAGAGCUUGCCCAUCCGGCCAGGAUCCAGUCCACUCGCCACGACAAAGCAAGAGAAGUUGCUGGCCCACCCUCUACUCUUGUUGGGAAGCCAGGUCGGGCCGGAGCCGGAGUCGGAGCCCAAGACCGCGGAGCCCUUCCCCGCCUACAUGGAGCCCACCCUCGCGUCGGCCGAGGAGAUGGACAAGAUCGUCGACCUGCGCAGGCGCCCGCCGGGCGAGAAGCCCGUCAUGCGUGUCACCGCCGAGGACCUGCGCGGCUCCGACAUCCUCAAGGUCCUCCCCGAGUUCAUGGCCCAGAUCGCUCGCUCUGGGGGUGCCUCUGCCGGCCAAGGGUCGGCUUCGCGGACCCCGGGUUUGCCCACUGAUCCCACAACCACCAGCGAUGGUAAUUGUGGCCAUAACGACGACGACGACGACGAUGGCGACAAUCAUCAGUUCGAACUGGACGAGGAGCAGGCGCAGGGACGGACCCACGUCGAGAUGGAGAUCGUAGCCGGAAUCCUCGAGGAGAGGGGCCAUGGCGACGGCGAGGACGAGGAGGAUUUCGAGCUCGCCAUCCCAGCCGCCGGCACCGCGCCGUCCGCAACCGUAGCGAUAACAGAUGCCACCGCCGCCGCCGCCGCCAAGGCGCCGCCCAUGAUCCGGGCGCUCAGCUCCAGCGACUCCGAGUCUUCUUCUUCCGACGAGAGCUCGCUGCCCAUAUUGCAGCGGGAUUUCGACGUUGAAACGAGCCUGAAGAUGGCGGCAGCGCGUCCGUAUCUCCCGGCCGGCAGGCCCGCGAGGGCGAGGAGCCACUCCGUGAGCGUCAGCGUGCCUGCCCCGCCGACCCCGCUCAACCCAAAUGAGCUGCUGUCCAGCGCCGUCGAGACGGCGGCGCCGGCGGUGUCUCGGCCCCGGCCACGGCCGAAGCCGAUUUUGGAGGACAGCGAGACCAGCAGCAGCGGGACUAGCAGCGAGGAGGAAGAGGAGACGUCAGAGGAAGAGGGCGGGGGCGGGGACGCAGACGCCGACGGGAUGGAGGGCAUCGAGGGGGGCCCGCCCGUCCCCGCGCCGGCGUCGGGUCCGUCCCCGCCCGGCCGCCGCAUAGACUACCACCCCGAUGAGCCCCGCAAGCGAUCGUGUACGGAAACGUCACUCGCGCGCGACGGGGGCGCCGAGAGCCUGUCGGAUAGGAAGCGCGUCCGGCCUCUGAUAGAGGAGAUCGAGUGA